AGCUGAGGGGACGGAGCCGCACCAUGAGGCUGCUGCGCGCCCUUCUGCGCAGCGCUGCCCCGGGCAGCGCCUCCCCGGGCAACAUCCCGCAGCAGGUGGACUUCUACUCACGCUUCUCCCCCUCGCCGCUCUCCAUGAAGCAGUUUCUGGACUUCGGAUCUGAAAAUGCUUGUGAAAAGACUUCAUUCAUGUUUCUGCGACAAGAGCUGCCUGUGAGAUUGGCAAACAUAAUGAAGGAAAUAAGCUUGCUUCCAGACAACCUCCUAAGAACACCUUCAGUUCAGCUGGUGCAGAGCUGGUAUGUCCAAAGUCUCCAGGAGAUUCUGGACUUUAAGGACAAAAGCUCAGAAGAUUCAGGGGCUAUUCAGAGUUUUACAGAUACUGUGAUAAAAAUCCGGAAUCGCCACAAUGAUGUAAUUCCUACGAUGGCUCAAGGAGUAAUAGAAUACAAGGAAAGCUUUGGCAUUGAUCCAGUGACCUCACAGAACGUGCAGUAUUUUUUAGACCGCUUCUACAUGAGCCGCAUUUCAAUCAGAAUGCUUCUUAAUCAACACUCUUUACUGUUUGGUGGGAAAAUUAAUCCAGCUCAUCCAAAACACAUUGGAAGCAUCGAUCCUAACUGCAAUGUUGUUGAAGUUAUUAGAGAUGGCUAUGAAAAUGCCAAGAGACUUUGUGAUUUAUAUUACAUGAGCUCUCCAGAACUUAUCCUUGAGGAGUUGAAUGCUAAAUCACCGGGACAGCCCAUGCAAGUGGUUUAUGUGCCAUCACAUCUCUAUCACAUGAUUUUUGAACUUUUCAAGAAUGCAAUGAGAGCCACCAUGGAACAUCAUGUUGAUCAAUGCAUUUAUCCUGCAAUUCACGUACACAUCACGUUGGGAAAUGAGGAUUUAACUGUGAAGAUGAGUGACCGUGGUGGUGGUGUUCCUAUGAGGAAAAUUGACAGACUGUUCAACUAUAUGUAUUCAACAGCUCCACGUCCUCGUGUUGAGACUUCACGAGCUACACCUUUGGCUGGAUUUGGUUAUGGCUUACCCAUAUCACGUCUGUAUGCACAGUACUUCCAAGGAGACCUGAAACUGUAUUCCUUAGAAGGCUAUGGUACAGAUGCAGUUAUUUACAUCAAGGCCUUAUCAACAGAAUCAAUUGAAAGACUCCCUGUAUACAACAAAGCAGCCUGGAAACAUUAUAAAGCAAAUCAUGAAGCCGAUGAUUGGUGUGUGCCAAGCAGUGAGCCAAAGGACAUGACCACUUUUCGCAGUAUGUAGCUUUUUCCUCAGCAGCUCCUAAGAAGUACAUUUGUCUGUGAAGGGAAUUUAGAAGACCUAAUUUAUACCAAGAUGUUGAGCCACUUAGAUAUGUGAAAGUAAUUUUAAGUGGUGUAACAGAAAGUUUACUGUAUUUAGGCUUCUCUGAAAUUAAAAAAUCAACAGCCACCAAAACCCCCUAACCUGUACCUAUAAAGAAAGGUUAUACUUCAUUUGUUUCACUUUCUGUUUAUGACUGCUUUCAGAGCAAAGUCAAAGGAGCAAUAUUUUGGUUUUUAUAGGGAUCAAUGCAAUGUCUAUCACAUCUGAUAUUAAUCUGUAUUGUUACAAAUUUUAUUAGAAAAACUAUUGAAAAAGCUUACUGGAACAUUCUUCCAUUAUACAAUUCUACAGAUUAAUGAAAAACUUGUGUAAGAAUUAUUGAGCUCAUUGCUAACUUUGCAACUCUAUUGGCACUUUCUUUUAUCCUAAGCAUGCUGAAGCUUAAUUUUGCUAAGUUAGAUAAGUUGCCUACAUAUACUGCCUACAUCAAGGGGGUUUUUUCAGCUGUAGAAAUCACACAUCUCCAUAGGGAUAAAAAAUUUUAAAAAGCGUUUGUAACUGCUACUACUGCUAUAAUGUAUCUCAGGUAUGUGGCAUCAGUUGUAUUUCUUUGGUUGUAAUGUGAAUAUAUAAUGGAUGUGAAAAACUUAUCUUGCCCUGAUCAUUGUGAAUUAAAAAUUAGCAUUGGCUUGUGUACAGUAGAGAAAUGUCUUGCACUUGCCUCUAUUUCUGUAGGUCAUACCAAAACAUGGUAUCAACAUUCUAGCCUUCAGACUUGGGCGUGUCAGGUACAGCUGUAAAUGGAAACUAUUUUAAUAAACAGAUUUUUAAGAUUUGUCUGUAAUAGGGCAUCUCUAUUACUUUGACAGUGUAAUAUGUGGAAUUAAGUUUCUGGAAGUACCUUUGCAUUUGUGAUAUGUUCCUGGCCUCAUUUUUGUAGUAACUGGAAUUCACACUGUAACAUAAACAUAAUAACCAGAGUAUGUUAAUCAGUCAAAGACAAAUCAGAACAUACAGAGGAAGAUAGAGAGGGGAGUGAAUCUUGUAUUUCAGAUACAGAGUCCUUUUAAUAAAGAAUUGAAUUUAAUGCCUACUGUACGAGCUUUGUUCAAAUCAUACACAACUAUGUUGCACCUUGAUCCCUGUCAUUCCUGAACAUUUUUGGAGUGAUGCAGUUAAAGUCAUUGAGGUCUAAUACUUUUCUCAGUUAAUUAAACUGCAUGUAAUUCAGUGGGUUUUUUUCUGCAGCUGACAUGCAUAAUCCCUCUCAGAAACAGUAAGUCUAGCUUUUGCUAGUUUACUAUCUCUGUGCAGAGCAGAAGGUGAGAUACCACAAGUGAAGGGGAUAGGUGGGAUGUUGGAAAUUGAAGGCAUGCUACUCUAGUUGUAGCUGAGCCAGAUUCAAGAUUUAACACCUGCUAUCUCCCUCGCCAAGUUCUGCAAAACAAUGAAAUGGUUUUAUACCCUUGUUAAGCUAAUGUAGAUAACUUUAAUAGAAGUGUGUUACAAACUGGGCUGUACACACAGUUAAGGGAGUACACACAGUCUGAGGGAGUAUUAUUGUAUCUUAAUUGCCACUGGAACAGUAGGGUUACCUAUUCCACUUAAGCUUGUGGGCACCUUGAGGCCCCUGUUUUUCUUCCUUACAAGGAUUCAGGGUAAUAACUGGCACACCUUUCAAUCUGCAUGGCUACAAGUGAGGAGAACUGAGAGCUGUUCUCUUAUUUGGCCCUGGCAAAAGGAUGUGAGUAAUGCCACAUAGUAUAAAAUGGGGCCUGUACAAAUGUUAGGAGGGACACGUGCAGCAACUGCUUUUGCUAAAGCUGAAAGUUACAGCAAGGGCUUUUAAAAACUCAGAGCUGAAGCUGAGCAUUCUAGCCUUUAAAUAUCUUAACUAACUCAAUUGAUUUUAGUAACAUCGGACAACUACAAGUGGCAUUUCUGAAGAAAAGCUGAGUUUCUACAAACUGUCUAUUAAGUAUUUUACUAAAGUCUCCAUGUUCUCAGCUAACUACCAACUGAAUUCCGAUUACUAGAGCAACUUGCUGUAUAAUUAUAUUUGUAGUUCUCUUCACCUGCCAUCCCAAAUGAUUGUGGUGAAAACACAAAUGCACAGUUUUGAUUUACAAUAUUUAAUCCUUGUUACAAAUUUGAUCUUUGAUAACUUUUAGUUUAAACAGAAGUGCAGAAGACAACUUUUGUAUUUAGUAUUUUCAUUACUAUACUGAAGUCAUUGUGAGCACACUGGUUAAGUUGAAGUUAAUCACUACAGAACAUACUGUCAAAAUGCAGAGAUUAAUAGUUUUGUAUGCAAAUUAGCUAAGUCUUGCACUGUAAAAUUAAUCUUGGUUUGUGUUAAUUUUUUGAAAGAAUUGCUGGAUUUAUUCAUUAAAACUAUUGUAAAAAUGAAA